GCUCCCGCACCUCGCUCAACUAACUUCCUGUGAUGUCAGCCUGGAGGAAGUAGCAGUUUGGGUACAAGUCAGUCAGACUGUAUGGAGUAAACAGAGAGCGAAUCAACGAGGUGUGACAGGGUGGGUAUAUUGCGUGACCCCGAGGAUGGUCCAGAUUUUAGCCAACGGAGAUAUUGUACAGGAUGAUGACCCCCGGGUGAGAGCAAAUGCUCAGCACAGGGAGAACACCUCCCGGCAGGAGUUUUUCAACAUGGCGCCUAAUGCAGGCCAUGCUCCACUGCAGCAGCGGGCUGCCAGGCCUAGGGGGCACUCUCCGUUUUCGGAACUGAACCAGCAGCUAGUGAACAUGGGAUUCCCCCUCUGGAACCUCGGUAACCAGGUGGUGGAGCCGGUGAUGUCUAUCCUGCUGCUUUUCCUCCUCAUGAUGGUGGGCGUGCGUGGCCUCCUGUUGGUGGGUCUUAUCUACGUGGUCUCACACCUGAGCCAGCGGUGACAGUGCCCUCGCACUGGCCACCACUGCUUCCUGUGUGGUGAAAGACCAGGUUUCCUUGUCAGACUUGGGUGUGUUUCUGAGUAUGCCCCCCACUGAGAGAGAGAGAGAGAGAGUGUGUGUGUGUGCGCGUGUGCUUGUGUAUGCAGAUGCAGGUGCAUAGCUGUGUAUCCUGAAAGCAGGGAGUAGUUUGAGCAUUGGCCUGCUAAACCCAGGGUUGUGAGUUCAAUCCUUGCAGGGACCACUUAGGGAUCUGGGGCAAAAAUCAGUACUUGAUACUUCUAGUGAAGGCAGGGGGCUGGACUUGAUGACCUUUGAAGGUCCCUUCCAGUUCUAGGAGAUAGGUAUAUCUCCAAUUAUUAAUUAUUUUUUUUAUUAAAAGUAUCUGUGUGUAACGUUCAAGGGGAAUUGAAGUGUGGAGUUGGGAUGCCCAAGGGCACAAUCCCCAGGUGUAGCAUUUUUUCUCACAUUAAGCUGCUCCUUUCUGAGGGUUGCCCAAGUGAGGCUUGGCUUGCCCAGGAGCUUCAGCCAUCGGCUAGAGAGGCCAUGCCAGAAGCCCAAACUUUGGUGCAGCUAUAGAAAGGGUCUGACAUGUCAUGUUGUGUCAUCCAGCACUUAUCAGAUACAGUGCGUAGACCUGAGGGGAACUGAUAUGGGAGCUUAAUUUUCAUCUGCAGGUGUGAAGGGCAGUAGGGGUCUCCGAGGAGUAAUAAAACAAACAUGCAUGAAUGUGAGACAAUUUGAAAAUGGCCUGUAGAAGGCGAGGUUUGCUUUGUAAUUACUAAUCUGAUCUUAGAGGUGUAUUGGAAGGGAAGGUUAAAUUAAAAGAAGAGAUAUUGAUGGGCUUGAGCUGACAGCACAGUAUUCGCUACAUCUUAAACAUAUAGGAUUGGAGGGCUGUUAUAAGGGGCUGAAGGGGGACAUUAAAAUAGAAAGUGGGGAGACAGAAAGGAGUUUGAAGAAGAUUAAAACAGGGAAGAAGAAAAGUGUCUGUAAAACAGGUGAUGUCACCUGUGCUUUUGUCUUGCCUGGGUUGUCCAGGAUAUUUGUGUUUGAACAAGAACUUGCUCUGGGACGUUGUCACUCUGGGUGAUACCUUAUCCCUGCUGCAAUAGGAAUGAUUCCAACAUUGAGUAGCUGAGGAAGUUGGUCUUGGAAAUGUGUGGAUGGAGGAACCAAUUUUUAAACAAUACAGUCCUUGAUAAUGUGCAGAAGUGGAAAUGAAAUAUAUCUGCUAAAAACACAUUGGAGAGGGGUUGUAUUAGGUGUGGUAUGUUUUAAAGCUUUCUUUAAUCCCUCUUUAAGACCAGGAAACAUAAGAACUUUCACCUUGAUGAGCUGAGAAUCAGUGAGAAAUAUCUCUCCUCUGUCUUAUAAAUAGGAUUGGGCCUUAGCGAAAACGGCAAAUCCAGACUUCGGGGGAAGUUCACAUCCCGAUCUGUAUCCAUGCUUCAGGCCUGUCACUAUAGUAGGCCAAAACAGGCCACAGAAUUUAAAUUACCCCGCCGCUCCCCACAAUUUUGUGAAAGUUUGGAUUCAGGUCCAGAUAGAUCUGAAUUGUGACUUGGGACCAUAUUGGCUUAUAACAGCUUUACUGUGUGUGUGCAUAUGCGUGUGCGUGUGUGUAUGUGUUGGGGUGGAGAAGCCUUACUGAACACUCGUGUAGCAUGCAUGGACAAAGUGGUUCUUGUUUUUGUUCAAUAAACGGAGUGAAGGAAAUUGUGCAUCACAAAUUGACUGUAAAUUUUUGCCUUCCCCAGUGGAGUAUAAAAAUGCCAAGAGCAACACCUCAAAUUCUCCUCUGGUUCCUGUAAUAACGAGAACCUUCUGCUGAAACAACAAGGAGAAAAAAACCUGUAACAUGAUGUUUUAUUAUAAAAUUGAAAUUGUUCUGUGAUGCUAGUACAUAAAUCUCUUUCCAAACUG